CAGUCUUCUGACUUACUGCAAUCAUGGGUAUCUCUCGCGACUCUCGCCACAAGCGCUCCGCUUCCGGUGCGAAGAGGGCAUACUACCGCAAGAAGAGGGCUUUCGAGAAGGGCCGCCAGCCUGCCAAUACCCGUAUUGGCGCUAAGCGUGUCCAUCUUGUCCGCACCCGUGGCGGCAACCGCAAGUUCCGCGCUCUGCGUCUCGAAGCCGGCAACUUUUCAUGGGGCUCUGAGGGCAUCGCCAAGAAGACCCGUGUCAUCGGUGUCGUCUACCACCCCUCCAACAACGAGCUCGUCCGCACGAACACCCUCACCCGCUCCGCCGUCGUCCAGAUUGAUGCGGCUCCUUUCCGACAAUGGUACGAGGCCCACUACGGUGUCUCCCUCGGCCGCAGGAGGCAGGCCAAGGCUGGUGAGAAGGAGGAGGACAAGAAGAAGUCCAACGCCAUCGUCAAGAAGCAGGCUGAGCGCCUGAAGGCGGACGGAAAGGUUGAGAACACCAUCGAGAAGCAGUUCGAGGCCGGUCGUCUUUACGCCGUCGUUUCGUCCCGCCCCGGCCAGAGCGGUCGCUGCGAUGGUUACGUUCUGGAGGGUGAGGAGCUUGCCUUCUACCAGCGUGCUCUCAGGAAGUAAGGUUGAUAUUUACGGCUUCUUCGGUGCAUUGGUCAGGUCAAAAUGGGUGUUUAGUCAUGUAUCUGGU